AUGGACUUCUCGAUGCAGAUCGACAACUCUCGCAAGCGCAGCCGCGACGAACCAGACAGCCUGGAGCUGUUCAACGACCAGUACCCAGUCGCGAAGAAGGCGCGCCAAUCGGACGCGGACGCGUCAACCCGCGAUUCCACCCCGUUCUUCCUCAACGAAUCCGGCCCCUCGACACCUGCGUCUAUUGACGUGGACAUGGACAUGGACAUGCAUGACGCCGUCCCCCAAUCCGUGCCGGCACCUCAGCCUCGAGUUCAAUCCCAAUCUGAACCUCCAUCGCACUCGCAACCCCAGCCUCAGCCUCAGCCUCGGUCCGGCGGCAUGAUCAUCUCGGGCUGGAACCAGAACCGCCGGACCCAGUAUCUGAGGCAAGGUUAUCCCUUGGCUUGGAUGCAGAGCUCCUCGCAGUAA